UCUUUAUUAUAGCUGUUAAAUCUUUAUCAGAUUGUUUUAUUUUCUUUAUGGAAGUUUCCGCGUGUAAUCAGAUCUGAUCAUACAGUAUUUCAGGACGGUGAUCUCCAGGUCGAGCCCCGCUCAGCAGUGAUAUUAAACCGGUGAAUGAUGUACGCCUCGGGGGGAACAGCUGUACCCGGAGCGAGGAGGAGGCGAGGUGGACCCGCAGUGCCCAAACAGCCGGAGCGAAGUCUGGCCUCGGCUUUACCCGGUGCCCUGUCCAUCACUGCCCUCUGCACUGCCCUGGCUGAACCCGCCUGGCUACACGUACACGGUGGUACCUGCCCCAGACAGGAGCUCGGUGUGGCAGAUGUGCUCGGAUACAUAGACGAGAAACUGCUCGAAGACUACUGUAUUAAUUCCCAGACCAUUCUGCUGCUGAGAGUUAUUGCUGCCUUCUGUUUCCUGGGUAUUUUAUGUAGCCUGACAGCUUUUCUCCUGGAUGUGUUUGGACCCAAGCACCCUGCUCUUAAGAUUACACGCCGAUAUGCCUUUGCUCACAUUCUUACAGUGCUUCAGUGUGCCACAGUGAUCGGCUUCUGCUACUGGGCAUCCGAACUCAUCCUCACGCUGCAACAGCAGCACAAAAAGUAUCACGGCUCCCUAAUCUACGUCACAUUCGCCAUCAGCUUCUACCUGGUGGCAGCAGCUGGAGGAGCUUCCAUCCUCGCCACGGCUGCUAACCUGCUCCGUCAUUACCCCACCGAGGAGGAGGAGCAGGCUCUGGAACUGCUCUCCGAGAUGGACGAGAGCAGUGAAACCUAUCCAGUUGACUAUGAUAUUGCCAACCACUUCCAGCCUCCCCCGGCUUACUCUCCCUGAAGAAAAAAAAAAAAAAUCCCUUUUUUGUGUGUAUAUACCGCCAACAAACGCUUUAGAUACCACUCUUAGCUUCUCAAGAAAUCAUGGACUCGGUGACGGAUUCUAUUUGACAUUCAUAAAUCACCUGCAUUUAAGCCGGAUAUUUUAUAUUUAUACGUGCGGAAAUUUGCUGUUGUCUCUGCCUACAUAUCCAAAACAAGAAUUCUGCUGUUAAUUCAGAGCGUGAAGGAAAUGGUUAAGAUUGAUGGUGAACUUCUGUAAUUGGUGAUAAUCCUAAAAAUGGGAAAUUCCAGAUUCUAAAUCUGCUGAGUAAUAAGUUAGACAUUGUUAGACAUAGUCUACGUACGUGUUUUGGACCGGUUGCCUAUCAAGCCCGGCUUUACAGACCCAUCAGCAAAACAACCUGAAUAACAGUCGUCGGUGCUAUUGUUUUAAAACACCAUCUUACAUGGUAAUGUAUUAGCGUUUGCUUACACACAGACCAGCCCAGUAGUCACCCAGAAAUUGCACUAGGUCCAAACCUAGGAUUAAACCUAGUAGGAUAAUCCGCUAGCACACCAGAAUCUCGUCUCUCCUAUAGGUCGGCUGGGCGCCCUCUAGACUGCCUUGCUCAUAGUGUUUCCGGCUGGCACCUGAUCCGCCAUGACCCUGACCAGGAUACGGUGCUUAUUGAAAAUAAAUAAACUCUGCACAUAUGACUAAUCGAUACAAAAAUAUCUGCAGACAAAAUUGACCUCCAGUCUGCUGGGUGGAAAAGACCGGACUAAGAGGUGGGGUUACUUAGGGUACCUGUACAGAAAGUGGAGGAGCGCAGAGAUCGGGGCAUGGCUCUCUGUUCGAGAAGCUGACCUCAUUCAAAUCCACCGAAGUAUGGGAGAAUAAGAAUGAAUUGGUAGGAGGGAGUGUGUGUCAGGCAAACAUACACCCUCCUUAGACGCCACCAGGGGUCUUCAGCAGCGGAUUGGCUAUGCUAAAUUGGGAGAAAAAGGGGGUAAAUGCAUAAAAAAGAAUUGCAUGUGGCAAAGAGGUAA